CUUAAUAAGGAUGUCAGAGGAGACUAGUGUAACUGUCGGUGAAGCUGAAGCUAAGGACUCUAAAUUUACUCUGUAUAAAGUUGCUGUACAGAAACAGAAUGGUGCUAAGUGGUACGUCUUGCGAAGGUACAAGGAAUUCUACGACCUCUAUCAAACGCUGAGAUCAGUUUAUCCCCACGAAAUGUCAAACAUCAAAUUACCUGGGAAGAAAGUCUUUGGCAAUUUCGAUCCAGCGUUUAUAAAACAGCGCGCCGAAGGUCUGAACGAGUUUGGGUCACUGUUAUUUGAGAAUGAGAGCUUAAAGACCUGUAAAGAAGUACAGCGUUUCUUUGGAAUUGAUAAGCAGCCAGUAGACGCUGACAACAGUGUUGGAUUCAGUGCUGAUGAUAGCGUAACACCUGAGUUAGAUGACGGCAUCAACCUGGGUACAACACACAACAAAAGUGUAAAGUAUACAGAUUUUGAGAUGAUACGAUUUAUCGGGAAGGGCAGUUUUGGAAAGGUUAUUCUUGCUAAACACAAAGAGACAGGCAAGCACUACGCUCUUAAAGUUCUCGAGAAGCGAUUGAUCAUUGUCAAAAACGAGGCAAAACACAUAAUGGCAGAACGAAAUGUGCUUAUCAGAAACGUCAAACAUCCCUUCUUGGUGGGGUUGAAGUACUCGUUCAAGACACGUGACAAACUUUUCUUUGUAUUGGACUAUGUGAACGGGGGUGAACUUUUCUUCCACUUACAGAGGGAACGAACGUUUCACGAAUCAAGAGCUCGAUUCUACGCAGCCGAGAUAGCAAGUGCUAUCGGAUACUUACACAGCAUAAACAUUAUCUACAGAGAUCUGAAGCCAGAAAACAUUCUUCUCGACCGAGAGGGCCACAUAGUGCUAACAGAUUUUGGACUCUGCAAGGAGGGAAUAGCACUGAACAAGACCACCAACACCUUCUGUGGGACACCAGAGUACCUUGCACCUGAAGUCAUACAGAAACAACCCUAUACUAAUGCAGUGGACUGGUGGUGUUUGGGUGCUGUGCUUUAUGAGAUGAUAUUCGGACUGCCUCCGUUCUACAGUAAAGACACGCGGCAGAUGUACGAGAAUAUUCUGUACCAACAGCUGCGCUUUAAAACACACGUGUCGCUGCACGCACGGAAACUACUGGAGGGGUUAUUACAAAAACAAACGAACAACCGUCUGGGCUCAUCAUCUCGCGACGUGAUGGAGAUAAAGGAACAUCCGUUCUUCAGCUCAAUAGACUGGGAGUUGUUAGAAAAGAAGCAGAUAACACCACCAUAUGAUCCCAAUGUUAAGGACAAUCUCGAUUUGAAACACUUUAGUACUGAGUUUACUACGCAGAAUGUACCUGAUUCGCUGGUAAAGUCUCCAGAUAAGCUGAGUGUGAGUGUAACGGACCCGGACGACGAGUUUACUGGGUUUACGUACGUGACUCGUUCUUACGAGAGCGACGACUGAGAGCACGUGUUAUAGUCGCUGAUCGUCAUGGUAACGAGCACUGAGAAGCCAGGAAGUGUCGUCAUGGUAACCCGGAAGUGUCGUCAUGGUAACACCUUUACAGCGGUUUGCUGUAGCCAACCGUCUGGUAUACGGGAGAAACGGGUUUAUGACGUAAGAUGAUGGAGGAGAGACUGAUGUGGUGAGCUGUGUCAUGCAGUGUGAGACAAUGAGGGAACACGUGUUCGGACUGGAGUUUCUUGUUGUGGUUGUGGCCAGUAUUGUUGCUAUGGUAACGAGUUUUGAAAGUUGUAAAUUGUUAAAUUUUACUUCCGAUUUCUAAAACUGAUCGAGUAGUGGAGUUACUGAUAGUAAAAAUUACUUCACGUUAGUGAACGAAUAUGAACAAAUAUGGCUCCAUGUUAUCGACACUUCCGAAAAUUUGUAUUAAGCCGUUGCAUACAUACGAUGAUAUCCGGAGAAAUUUAUAGAGCUUCUAAAAUUCUAACAAUAUAAGACGAAGUUUUAGUUUCGUAGUCAAGCAACGAAACUGGCACAACUUACAUACUCGUCCUAAAAGUUGUAUUAUAAUUAUUUGGUUACCUUACAUGUUAUUUUCGCCUUAAAUUGACGUGACUUGAUACGUUUUCCCCUAACUUUUCGUGAAUAUGUUUAUUGUUUAUACAGUAUAUUAAUAAACGUUUCUUACCCAUUUUGUGGAUGUUGUUUAUAAUGAGAUUUUGUAUGAGAAAGAAUGUUAUUAUUGUUGCUAUGGUAACAAGUGCUAUUGAGUAUUGACCCGCCCGCUCAAUCUUGCAAUGCCAACGAUGUCAAGGUUCUUCAAGAAGUUCUUGUUGGCCAUUAAAUCAACUACGAUUCUCAAAUGCUGCUGAAGCAGUUUUAACUGGAAUAAAUUAUAAAAUUGAGAAUUUGAAAAUGUGAGAUUGGGUUAAGAGCUAGUUCUGCAUAUAAUUCUAAUAAAUUAUUAACGUGUAACACCGUUCUGUUUUGUGCGGUGUGACUUAAAGGGACAAGAUGUGGCAGGAAAAUUCCCAAUGUUUUGCGAAAAUUUGUACAAUACAUUUAAACUUUGAUUAGCGAUCAACUUCAUUAAUGGCCAUGGUCUCUUGCUAUGUUUUCAUUGACUGAACCUUGCUUUUAACGUCAUGUCACGUCGAAUCUCAAGUAAUUUCUAAUAUGCAGAGUUAAACCGUUGACCACUUUUGAUUUUUGUUGCCAUCAGAUUGUGGAACAGUCACUUUCACCCUAAACAGGAGGAUUUAAACCCAACAAAUUCACCGUUACGCUGUCCGAUAUAAAUUAUUAAUUGGAACUCUACUUGUUUAUGAAGUUUAUUUUUGUUUUACAAAGUUA